UUCAAUUUGCUCAGCAGCGCCAUGGACCAGAUGGGCAGCCGCGCGGCCCCAACCAGCCCCUACACCCCAGAGCACACUGCCAGUGCGCCCACCCACUCGCCCUACGCGCAGCCCAGCUCUACCUUCGACACCAUGUCUCCGGCGCCUGUCAUCCCUUCCAACACUGACUACCCUGGUCCCCACCACUUCGAGGUCACCUUCCAGCAGUCAAGCACAGCCAAGUCGGCCACCUGGACGUACUCCCCACUUCUGAAGAAGCUGUACUGCCAGAUUGCUAAGACAUGCCCCAUCCAGAUCAAGGUGUCCACACCGCCACCCCCAGGCACGGCCAUCCGGGCCAUGCCAGUCUACAAGAAGGCAGAGCACGUGACUGACAUCGUUAAGCGCUGCCCCAACCACGAGCUUGGCAGGGACUUCAAUGAAGGACAGUCUGCCCCGGCUAGCCAUCUGAUCCGUGUAGAAGGCAACAGCCUCUCCCAGUAUGUGGAUGACCCUGUCACCGGCAGGCAGAGUGUGGUUGUGCCCUACGAACCCCCACAGGUGGGAACAGAAUUCACCACCAUCCUGUACAACUUCAUGUGUAACAGCAGCUGCGUGGGGGGCAUGAAUCGGAGGCCCAUCCUCGUUAUCAUCACCCUGGAGACCCGGGAUGGACAGGUACUGGGCCGCCGGUCUUUCGAGGGUCGCAUCUGUGCCUGCCCUGGCCGUGACCGCAAAGCUGAUGAGGAUCACUACCGGGAGCAACAGGCCCUGAAUGAGAGUGCCACAAAGAAUGGGGCUGCCAGUAAACGUGCAUUCAAGCAGAGCCCCCCUGCCAUCCCUGCCCUGGGUACCAAUGUGAAAAAGAGGCGACAUGGGGAUGAGGACACAUUCUACAUGCAUGUGCGAGGCCGGGAGAACUUUGAGAUCUUGAUGAAAGUCAAGGAGAGUCUGGAACUGAUGGAGCUUGUGCCACAGCCUCUGGUCGACUCCUAUAGGCAGCAGCAGCAGCAGCUCCUGCAGAGGCCGAGUCACCUGCAGCCUCCAUCCUACGGGCCUGUCCUCUCCCCGAUGAACAAGGUACACAGUGGCGUCAACAAGCUGCCUUCCGUCAACCAGCUGGUGGGCCAGCCUCCCCCACACAGCUCGGCAGCUGGGCCCAACCUGGGGCCCAUGGGCUCCGGAAUGCUCAACAGCCACAGCCACGGCAUGCCGGCCAAUGGCGAGAUGAACGGAGGCCACAGCUCCCAGACCAUGGUUUCAGGAUCUCACUGCACCCCGCCACCCCCUUAUCCUGCAGAUCCCAGCCUUGUCAGCUUUUUAACAGGACUGGGGUGUCCGAACUGUAUUGAGUGUUUCACCUCCCAGGGGCUGCAGAGCGUCUACCACCUGCAGAACCUCACCAUAGAGGACCUCGGGGCCCUGAAGAUCCCUGACCAGUACCGAAUGACCAUCUGGAGGGGCCUGCAGGACCUGAAGCAGAGCCAUGACUGCGGUCAGCAGCUGCUGCGCUCCAGCAGCAACUCAGCCACCAUCUCCAUCGGUGGCUCUGGCGAGCUGCAGCGACAGCGGGUCAUGGAAGCCGUGCACUUCCGCGUGCGUCACACCAUCACCAUCCCCAACCGCGGAGGCCCGGGUGGAGUGACAGGCCCUGACGAGUGGGCAGACUUUGGCUUUGACCUGCCUGACUGCAAGUCUCGUAAGCAACCCAUCAAAGAGGAGUUCACAGAGACAGAGAGCCACUGAGGAGCGUGCCUUCUCCUCCCUUCCUCCGUGAGAAACUGUCCUGGGGAGGCUGUGCCCACAGACGCAGCCAGGGCCUCCUGCCGAUGGGAUGUGGCUCAUGAACAAACUGCCCUACCUACGUGUCCAUGGGGCCUGGCUGUGGGCCAAAGGCUGAGACAGGGGCUGCCCUUUUGUGGGUGGGUGUGUCAGUCCCCAUCCUCUACUCCCCUUCUUUCUUGAGGACUCUGCCACCUCCAGGACAGAGCGAGAUCCCUCUCUCACUUAGCCACCUCCGGUUCCCGAGAGCUGCGGGCAGCUGGGCCACCGUGUCUUCUGCACCAUCUGCAGGCUGAUUCCACUGUCUUGAAGGUGAAGUCAGUCAGAGCCAGAUGUCCUCUGUAGGAUGUGGAGAAGGCUCUGUCCCUGUGCCAUUCUGCUGUUCCUGAUGAGAACAGGUCAGAGUCUCAGGUGCUGGGGUUGGGGGAGACCGGCAGAGCAGAGGGAACGUCUGCCAUCAGCCUCCACCCAGCACCCCAAACAUGCUGGCCACAGCUGCCUCCAGGGACCCCUCUGGGCAUUCAGAGGGACCGAGUGAGACUCAGACUGUUGAGAAUUAAAUUGUCAAUAUUUGAUAAAACGUUACUCUUUCUACUUGGUGGGUCGGCUUGCUUUUUUCCUCCUCUAACUUUCCCAGCAUUCCUCUCUGAGAACUUAGUGUAUCACUGGCUUUUCCAUCCACACUUGUCAACAAGUCUGAGAAAAGUGUCAAGCCAGGGAGGGCUGGAUGCAGACAAGCCUUAGAGAGUGCAGGCAUGGGAAGGCAGGCCGUAGCCCAGCUGGGACAGGAA